AUUGGGCACCCCUUUUAAAUACCUUUCUGUGCUCCGUUUAUAAGCCGCAGAGUAAAUUUGGCAGCCAGGUUGGCCAUUUGCUGGUUAGGCUGAUGGAAGGACCCGAAGGUGCUGCCGCAUGGUGUCGUCAGUUGUGAAGGACACAUUGUAGAAUCGCUUGCCUCAACUGUCCCUCCGCCUAUGUCCCACGUUUGACAAUAUAAAGGCACACCGGCACGCCCCUUCGGACAUUCUCCUAUCUUCCAAAGCAGCAUUUUCGUUCUUUUUGUCAGAUUCGUUUACAGUGCAAAUCAAGAAUAUACAGUCCUCCAAAUACAUAAAAGCCGGCAUAUACAGCCUACAAAGCAUGUGCAGCCACUACGUUUGCAAGUCUUGCAGCUACUACAUCACCACAAUAUUUUGCGACGGCUACGAGAAAGCCGGGGUCUGCACCGGCGCGUACCAGGACUCGGUAACCCAGCGCUGUCUCGACUGCUACUCCAAAUACAUGCGGCAGUCACCGCGGGCCGUCAGAUAAUGCCAACCAGGUGUCCAUCAUUGUACUACUAGCCAACCACCCCCUAUGCUAAGUCUCGUUUAACCAUGAAAAGGGCAUCGCUAAUAUAUAAUGUGUCUAGUACAUUUACAAAGCCGGGUUCUGCCAGGCAACUGUGAUUGAAACAAAUGUAAAAG